CCGCGGCUCCCACGUGCAGCGGAUGAGCCCGGGGCCUCCAGGGGACCCCUGACCCGCAAAGCUCCGUUCUACGUGCGGGGCGCUCACCACCUGUACGGGGCUGGGAACUGAGGCCCCCAAACGCCAAGGAACCGGCGUGGGGUCGUUGGGCGCAGCGAGAAACACGCAGCACCUCGCCGCCCGGGGGCUCUCCUCAGGGCUAGGCCUGGAUCCUGCUCCCCUACCUGCUCCGCGAGAGUCCGAGGCCACUCGGGGGCGGGUUGGCUCGAGGAGGGUGGGCUGCGGUUCCUGGGCGCGUUCCAGAGGGGCGGGGCCGGGGCCGGGGCGGUCCCGGGGGCGGGGCGUCCCGGGGGCGGGACCGGGCCCCUGUGUUUGUUGCACCGUGUCAGUUACAUUGUAACAAAGUGGUGCAGCCGCUGCUCUGGUCAGCACCCCAGGCCCUCCCGCCGCCUGCUGUCGCCGAAAUGGAACCACCCGUGGCCAGCAACAUACAGGUCCUGCUGCAAGCGGCCGAGUUCCUGGAGCGCCGCGAUAGAGAGGCUGAGCAUGGCUACGCGUCCCUGUGCCUGCACCGCAGUCCAGGCCCCAUCCACAGGAGGAGGAAGCGACCCCCUCAAACUCCUGGCGCGUUGGACAGUGGGCGGUCUGUGCACAAUGAGCUGGAAAAGCGCAGGAGGGCCCAGCUGAAGCUGUGCCUGGAGCAGCUGAAGCAGCAGAUGCCCCUGGGGGCCGACUGUGCCCGAUACACCACACUGAGCCUGCUGCGUCGUGCCAGAAUGCACAUCCAGAAGCUGGAGGAGCAGGAGCAGCGGGCCCGGCAGCUCAAGGAAAAGCUGCAUAGUCAGCAGCAGAGCCUGCGGCGGCAGCUGGAGCAGCUCCGGGGGCCGGCAGGGGUGGGCGAGCGGGAGCGGCUGCGGGCGGACAGCCUGGAUUCUUCAGGCCUUUCCUCUGAGCGCUCCGACUCAGACCAAGAGGAGCUAGAGGUGGAUGUGGAGAGCCUGGUGUUCGGGGGCGAGGCUGAGCUGCUGCGGGGCUUCAGCGCCAGCCAGGAGCACAGCUACUCGCACAGCGGCAGCGCCUGGCUAUGAUGCCUGCCAGCUGAGCAGGCCUCUGCCCUGAUCACCCUCACACCGCUGGGCUGACAGUGCCAGCAGGAGCUCCCCUCAAGCCUC